UGCGUUGUGCUUUCUGGGAAAGCGGCGGUAGCGUGGGCGUGUUUCGGCCUCGCGCGUUGUUGUCGUGUCACCUGUUGCUAUGCAGAGGCUGAGCUAGAGAGUGAGGCACAGGCGCCAGCGUCCGGGACAGAAUCACCGCGUCCGGUCACAGCGCCAUCCCUGAUCCAGUCACUGUGAUGACACAAGGCGGGCACGGAGCUGCUGAGCUUGCCAAUAGAGAGUAAGGGGCGGGCAAGAAGCGGAAAUCCCGUUCCAGAAGCUGUGUACGGCGGCGGUGUAUACAUGAAACCUCGACCCGGCUGCUGGUGUCGCUGACUGUCCUGAUUGACAGCUGCACGAUGGGCCCGAUCAGCCGACUGAGCCUCCUGUGCCUGCUGCUGCUGCACUUUCCCCAGCAGAUACGUGCAACUCUUGGAAUACUGCGUGCAAUUAAUGAUGAUGGUUCUUCUGCAAAGGAUUAUUGUAUUACAUACAACUCUACGUGGACAACACUUCCAACAACCUAUACCAAUGCGACUUACCACAAAAUGAAAGAUUUAAGUUCCUUGUGGCUCUGCAACCACUCGGAUAUUUCCGGCACAGAUCUGAAGGAUCACGCAGUCGUGGUAAUGGCUGGCAAGUGCUCAAUUUUGGACAAAGCUUCUGUUGCACAGCAAGGCAAUGCUGCAAUCCUGCUCAUUGCUAGUAAGGAAGGCCUGCCACCUCCUUCAGAGAACAGGAGCAGCUACCAAAACCUGACAAUACCCAUUGCUUAUAUGAAAUAUGGAGACCUCAUGGGUAUGGAGAAGACCCUUGGACAAAAUAUCCAGGUGACAUUGUACUCUCCAUCACUUCCACUGUUUGAUUACAGUAUGCUGGUCAUUUUUCUCAUAUCUGUGUUCACUGUAGCCCUCGGGGGGUACUGGAGCGGAUUGUCAGAACUGGAAGAUUUGAGACCCUCCUCAAGUUUAGGUGAACCAGAAGGCAGUAAAAAGAAAGAUGAAAACGUGACGUUCACUCCUCUCACCGUCAUCCUGUUUGUUAUCAUAUGUUGCGUCAUGCUGCUGCUCCUCUAUUUCUUCUAUAAGUGGCUGGUGUACGUUAUCAUUGGUGUGUUUUGCUUGGCAUCUGCAAUGAGUAUGUUCAACUGCCUUUCUGCGUUGAUCCAGCACAUCCCAUAUGGAAGAUGCAGAGUUUCAUACUGCAAUAAAAGUGCUGAAGUGAGACUCCUCUUCCUGGCUGCCUUUUGUAUAGCUGUGUCGGUGACUUGGGUAGUGUUCCGGAAUGAAGACAGGUGGAUUUGGAUUCUCCAAGAUAUUCUGGGAAUUGCAUUUUGCCUCAACUUCAUUAAAACCUUGAGAAUGCCAAAUUUUAAGGCUUGUGUCAUUCUUCUGGGACUCCUGCUGUUGUAUGAUGUGUUUUUUGUAUUUAUAACUCCAUUCUUCACAAAGAAUGGUGAAAGCAUCAUGGUAGAAGUGGCUGCUGGCCCCUCGGGAAAUCCAGAAAAGAAUGGUGAGAGCUAUGUGGAGGUCCCCGCUGAAUAUCAAGCCACCUACGAGAAAUUACCUGUAGUGAUUAGGGUUCCUAGGCUGGAAUAUUCUGCCCUGACAUUAUGUGGAAUUCCAUUUUCCUUACUGGGCUUUGGUGAUAUCAUUGUACCUGGCCUGUUGGUAGCAUAUUGCAGAAGAUUUGAUGUACGAACAUCAUCUUCUAGUAUAUAUUAUAUAUCCUGUACUUUAGCUUAUGCUGUAGGGAUGUUUUUGACUUUUGUUAUCCUGAUCGUAAUGAAGACAGGGCAACCAGCCCUUCUGUAUCUAGUACCCUGCACACUCUUCACCAGUUCCAUUAUUGCUUGGAGUAGAAAGGAAAUGAAGAAGUUCUGGAAUGGCGGCUGCUAUGAGAUAAUGGAACAAGCAGACAAUACUGUCAGUGAAGACAUCAGAACAAAUGAAGCACAAUAAUGCAACGCUUACAGAUCUGCACACUGUCGGGGGAAGGGGGGGGGGGGGGUUCUUGCUGAUAUUAAACAUAUCUGCUAGCUUUUUAGAAAUCCUGAAAACAUUUUGUAGAAUUUUGUUUUCUUAUAUGUAAAUCUGAAGGGCAUUGUAAUAUCAGGAGAUAAUAGUUUUGUUAAAUUGUGCCUUAUUUGAAAAAGAAAAGGUCUUGCUGAUAUAUGCACUAACUACAGCAGAGGAUGGCAACCUGUGCCUCUUCAUCUACAGAGGCUGUCAUGCAUGCUAUAACUUGUAGUUCUGUUGUCUCUGGAAAGCUGUACUCCAUCCUAAAGGUUAUGAUCGCUAAAAUCCAUCUUUUGUGUCUCCAUUAAAACCUCCAUUGUCAUAGUAUCACAAGGGUAACAAAACUGCACUUGCACAUGUAGAUGUGAGAAUCGGGGGGUGGAGAGUGAACCUGUAUCACUUCAUGACUGUAUGGCAGCUCAUCAAGAAAAGGAAAGUUUUGCCUAUUACAUGUUAUUGCACAAGCCAUUAUGUUUUCAAAGGAAUGCAUAACAUCAUUUGGUCGGGAUUAGACGGCCCUGCAAUAAAAGGGUUACCAUGUGAUGAUAUGGAUAUGUCAUGACUUAUUUGUUUAGGCAAAAUUCCAUCGGCAUGUGUUUUUUCAUUGUCAUGCAUUGUAGUGUUCUGCACUAUGAAUUCCUGCUUUUGAGUGAGCUGAAGAACCACAGGUUGCCUAAACCAACACUGUUGUACUAUAUGUAUUUGUACAGACAUACUUGUGCCAUGUUCUCUACCUUUCUGUAAAGCAUAAAGCCUUUUAUUGAUAUUGUACUCUAUGUAGACAAGUGAUUGAACACUUUACAUUGAUUGACUGAAGCUUGAUUGCCUGUACAUUAAUCAAAUGCCAGUGCUUAUUAAGAUGCUGAGGUUUUGUGUCAGACAGAGGAACCUGUCGCCGAUUACCUAAGAUCCUGAAGCUGGGAGCAAAUCGCCCUGGCCUUAUUCUCACUCAGCAUGACUGCAAAUUAUCAUAUGCCCACAACAGCUGGGACCUUCUGCUCAUAGUUGUAUCUUGUUUUACCAAGAUAGGUGAAGCACAGUAGUUUCUGAGCAUUAAAGCCAUGGGUUUGUUUAAACUUAAAUAUAUGGCAUAUGUGGAGAGAGAAUACAGAGUCAAAUGCAAAGGUGUCCUUUUUUUACAGAAGAAAAACUUGAUCAUUUUUGGUGCAGUGGCCCAAGCAAGUUAUGUUUGCACAUAUUAGUAGGCAAGCUUAUGUCCUCUUUGUGGUGCAAGAGUACGACAGAUUUUGGGGUUUUUUUUCCCCCUUUUUAAGUCAAUUGGUGCUUGUGGCGUGGGAUUUAAAGUAGCACGUGUUUGUUUUUUCAACAAUGAAACAAUUAAAUCAGACUUGAACUUAGAGUUCUCUUGCAUCUCCUCACCCCAUGGUCACACUGAAAUUGGGAGAUCGCCCUCAACCAUUCGUAGAAGAUACCAAGAGGUAUUAAAUAAUUUAAAUAAUUUUUUGAUUUAGACUCCUUUUCUUGCACCACUUCCACCCAUGCAAUGCGGAAGAGAUAAAAUAGUUUUGUUUUUAAAAGAGAUAAAGUAGGGGGCUCAUGAUGUAUUCACACCUGUAGGAUACUCUUUUAAGGCAGCUGCACUGACCGCCAGUAGUAGUCGUCUACCUCCCUUUGAGAUUUGAAGCCCCCUCAGGAGAAUGCCAAAUAAUGCCCACUCUGGUGUUAAUGACAUGUAGUUAAACAAGGGUGCGGUAUGCUUGACCGGCGGUCACCAUACCGUCGCCGGGAUCCCGGCAGGGGGGGGCGAGCGCAACAAGCCCAUUGCGGACUCGGUGGCGACUGACGGGUUCUAUUCCCACUCUAUGGGUGUCGUGGACACCCACGAGUGGGAAUAGUCCUUGUUGGUCGGCAUGCCGACCGUUGGGAUUGUAAAAGGAGCGGGAUGUAGGGGGAGGUUAUGUGACCGUCUGUCUCCUGACCGCCCGUCACAUUAAUACAUGGGUCUUCAACCUGCGACCCUCCAGCUGCUGUGGAACUACAUAUCCCAGCAUGCCCUGCCUCAGUUUUAGCAUACCUUAAAAGCAAAACUGUGGCAGGGCAUGCUGGGAUGUGUAGUUUCACAGCAGCUGGAGGGCCACAGGAUGAAGACCCAUGCAUUAAUACAUCCCGUUAAACAAGUGUUCAUGGGAAUAUUUAAACACUUGAGGCUGGCCACAUUUGAAACAGGAGUGAAUUGUUGAAAGCCCAAUCAUAAAUCUCUUAUGUGGAAACGGUAGGAUCUAUGUAAUAUUUUGAAAAACAUCUCUGUAUACAUGGUAGAGGAAAGCAUAUGACCUAAUAUGAUCCUUUAAUAAAGCAGCUAUCUGCAGGCCCAGAAGCUGUAAAAAACCAUGUCUGAGGGCCCAGCCGCAAGUUUAUUUUAAAGACAGUACAUCACGUGUUGCCUUUUUUUAAAAAAAAUAAAAAAAAAUUGCUACUUUAAAUCCUGCAGCAAAAUUGCGAGAAAAUCUUACAUUUUCAAAACCGCUGAUUUAUAAGUAAACCCAUCGGACUAUUUUUGCCAAGCAACAUUUGGCAUAGACAAUGUAAUUUGCAAUCAUAACUACUGUAUUCUGUCAUUAUGUUCACCUUAGCACUAUAUGGUGUAUAUACAAACUCAGGCUGUGAUGAACCCAUUUUAUAAGAGCCCUGCACUUUUAUAACGUUUGCUAGAGAUAAUGGAUUUAUAAAAUGGUUUUGAUACUUUUGAGAUCUGGUCUGAACUAUUGUUCUUAGUUUUACAACUGUUAAAUUUCUAACUACUAACUAGCCAUUUUGAUUAGACUCUAAUUUUUAAUAUGUUUUGAACUAAAAAAAUGUGAUUUAAUAAAUAUAAUGUUUACAUUUA